UUUUUUUAAAUUCAUCUUUCUCUUUUUUCCGUGAAUAAGAACGCCCCCAUACGGUUGCGAGGCGAACGACUUUGCCGACAUCGCAUCGACACUGUCGAUGUGUCUUAUCCUUUGGUUGUGUGUGCUCGAUUCGCACAGUUUUAAGGUUAUAACGUUGCGUUUCAACCAGUUUAAAGUUUAAACCAAAACGUAUCAGUGCAGUGAUUUGGCGAUGCUGUAUUUCGUUACUUUAUUCUUCAUACCUUGUUUAAGAAAACAACCUUGCUAAAAAAAACAGCAAGAAUAUUUACAAUCGAUAUCAAAUGUCUUCUAUUUCGGCGGUACAGCUGGAUAAGCGAUUUAACGAGAAUGAACCAUGCUAAUACAGGAAUGAAGGUUUAUGCAAAUAACGUAUCAAAUAUACGACAGAGAAAAUUUGAAUCAACAAGUAAAGUGAACUUGAGCAAAAUGGUGGGAUUAGAAAGCGAGGAAUUGAUCCAGUCAAACAUUUUCGAUGCUGCUAUGGAAUUAGAAAUGAAAUCAGACGAAGAAACAGAGAGUGAUGGAGAAGAACAUACUCGACGACUUAUACCAUCAUCGUCGAUGGAACAUCGCUGCGUUACUACCACUAUCACCACCACCACCACCACCACUAACAACAACGAUGACAAAGAAAUGGUGGUUGUUCGAAAUAAUUGUCAAUUGAAACGGCUCGAAGAGGAAAAUCUUUGGUCCACCUCUAUACAAAUGUUUGUGCCUUUUUUAUUGGCCGGCUUUGGUAUGGUGGCGGCUAGUUUGUUGUUGGAUGUUGUACAGCAUUGGCCCGUCUAUCAAGUAGUGUCCGAAGUGUAUAUAUUGGUGCCUGCAUUGUUGGGUUUAAAAGGAAACUUGGAAAUGACGUUGGCCUCUCGUUUUUCCACUCACGCGAAUCUCGGAUAUACCGACACAAAGAAGCAGCGUUGGACUUUGAUAGUUGGAAAUCUUACUUUGAUCCAAUGUCAAGCAACGGUAGUGGGCCUAUUAGCUUCUAUAGCAGCGGUCGUGCUCGGUUGGAUACCAGAAGCACAAUUUGAUAUUCAUCAUGCUCUUUUACUAUGCGCCAGUGCCUUAUCUACUGCCUCCAUAGCGAGUUUUUUAUUGAGCUUAGUCAUGAUCGCCGUGAUACUUUUGUCAAAAGAGAUGAAUAUCGAUCCGGAUAACAUAGCUACGCCGAUCGCAGCUUCUCUCGGCGACUUGACCACUUUGGCCCUUCUUUCAGGAAUCGCGUCUCUUCUUUAUAAAAGUAUGGAUUAUGCCGCAUGGAUAGCUCCCACCUUGAUAAUAUUUCAUAUCGUCGUCACACCUGUUUGGGGCUACGUAGCAGCGAAAAAUCCCUUUACCAGAGAAAUAUUAGACUAUGGCUGGGUACCUGUGAUAUGCGCAAUGUUAAUUAGCAGCGUAGGAGGUUUGAUACUAGAUUAUACGAUAUCUAGUUACAAAGGUAUAGCUGUAUUUCAGUUGGUGAUAAAUGGUGUUGGUGGUAAUUUGGUCGCUGUUCAGGCCAGUAGGAUAUCAACAUCUUUGCAUAAAGAUCGUCGAUCCGGUAUUGAAACACCUACCGUUCGUUUUAGCCCGUUCCACGUGUUUUGUAGCAAAGAUGGACACGCAAGAACCGCACGAGUUCUGUUAGCAAUGGUGAUACCUGGUCAUCUGAUAUUUGGUUACACUAUCAGUUACCUUCAAGCAGGACAUACAUCUUUCACGCCUAUAUUCAUCGUCGUCUACUUGACCGCGGCUUUGUUACAGGUAAUUUUAUUACUGUACAUUGCCCGAUUGAUGGUAGUCUGGAUGUGGAGAAAAGGAAUGGAUCCAGAUAGUUCGGCGAUACCAUAUCUAACGGCAGCCGGUGAUUUAAUUGGGACGGCAUUACUUGGGAUCGCGUUUCACAUACUAUACGCCAUCGGUGAUAGAGAUUCGGACGUAGGAGAUUGACCGUUUUGGACCAUUAUUUACAUUUACAUUAAAACCGCUCGUGCAAAAUAUUGACUGAACGUGGUGACCACAGAACAGUAAGCAUAACAAAUGUUUAUUAACGUAUCUUUUCGUUUUCUUAACAAAUGAAUCGUGAAAGAUUAUUCUUUAUUUUCCUAUAUCCGUGUAUUUAUCAUCGCACAAUUCGUAUUUACUUUGAUAAGGAAAAUAGCAAAAUCUAUGAGAGCGAAUAACGGUAUAAAUUAAAAAUGUGCGAAUGAACGAGUACGAUUGAUAGAAGGAGUGGGAGGAUGUCAGAGAGGGAGAGAGAAUGAACUUAUCGCUUACUACUAUUAUUAUUAUUAUUAUUAUUAUUAUUAUAAUUAUUAUUAUUAUUAUUAUUAUUAUUAUUAUUAUUAUUAUUAUUACGUAGGCGCAAUAGAUUUAGAAAAACGCAUGUAUAAUAUACUAAUAUAUAGAAAUACAUACGCACCAAGUUGUCCGUUUCAGCCGGAAGAAGAAUAUGAAAAAUAUACGAGCGAAUGAUAUCGCAUUUAAUUUUGAAAGGUCAAAUAUUUUUUAUCGGGAAUGUAUUUACUAGUUAAAAUAAAUUCAAGUUGCAACUUUUGCUACACUUCUAUCA